GCUGCAGGCCCCUCCUCAUGCCACACAGGAGCUGGUGCCCACACAGGCACGCCACCGGGCUGUGACCACACCCACCUCGCCCUCAGCACCUCUGGGCACCCAUGUACCAACAAGACCACAGAUUCACAUCAGCUCAGCAAUUGCACCUGCUGACCUAGAAAUCCCGGCCGGAGACUCCAAGGGUGAGAGGCAGACAGCAGCCAGCCACACCAUGUCUGUGACCAGCGGGAAGACGGGACUGUCCCUGACCCAGGAAAUCCUCAGCUACCUGGGCCUUGCCAGCAAGACCGCAGCUUGGGGGACCCUGGGCACCCUCAGGACUUUCUUGAGCUUCAGUGUGGACAAGGACGUGCAGAGGCUGCUGAGGGCCAUUGCGGGCGAAGGUGUGGAUCACAACACCAUUAUGGACGUGCUGACCAAUCGGAGCAGAGAGCAAAGACAGGUUAUCUCUCGAGCCUUCCAGGAGCGUACCCAACAGGACCUGCUGACGUCCCUGCAGGCGGCAGUCUCUGGCAACCUUGAGAGGAUCGUGGUGGCACUGUUGCGGCCAGCAGCCCAUUUCGAUGCCCGGGAAUUGAGGACAGCCUUGAAGGACUCAGGUUCUGCUGAGGAUGUGGCCGUGGAAAUUCUUGCCACCCGUGCCCCACCCCAGCUGCAAGAGUGCCUGGCAGUCUACAAACACAAUUUCCAGGUGGAGGCUGAGGAGGACAUCAAAUCUGAGACCACUGGCACCUUGCAGGACCUGCUGCUGGCCCUGGCCAAGGGGGACCGUGAGAGCUUCUCUGAAAUCAUUGACUAUAACCUGGCAGAACAGGAUGUCCAGGCACUGAAGCGGGCUGAAGGACCCAGCACAGAGGGGACGUGGGUCCUUAUCCUCACCCAGCGAAAUCCUGAACACCUCAUCCGAGUGUUUGAGCAUUACCAGCGGUGCACUGGGCAUGAGCUGGAGCAGACUGUCCGAAACCGUUUCCAUGGAGAUGUCCAGAUGGCUCUGCUCAGCCUAGCCUCGGUGAUCAGGAACACACCGCUGUACUUUGCUGAUAAACUUCAUCAAGCCCUCCAGGAAACUGAGCCCAAUUACCAAGUCCUGAUGCGUAUCCUUAUCUCUAGAAGUGAGACUGACCUUCUAAGCAUCCGAGCCGAGUUCAGAAGGAAAUUUGGGAAAUCUCUCUACUCUGCCCUCCAGGAUGCAGUGAAGGGGGACUGCCGCUUAGCCCUGCUAGCCCUGUGCAGGGCUGAAGACCUUUGAGACCUCCCUGCCCCCCAUCCCACUUGGCAUUCAAGGAUCUGAGAGUUGCGUGUUUGUCUGAGCCUGCAGACCAGCUGGGCCUGCAAAGAGGAUAACCCCUCACCGAGCACAUGUUCCAGCUUCUUGUUGAGGCUGGAACUCGAAGUUUUCUUUUAAAUCCUUUAAUGUCCCUCAUCUCCACGUGAUGUCUGGUGCCUGGGUCCCCCCCGCUCUGUCUCUCUGGUGUGGGUUGAUGGGGUCUCCUUGAUGGUUUCUACCCUACUCAUCCUUCCCAAGCCCUGGGCAGAACAGUGCACUGAUGCUUGAAUUCUU